AUGCUGCCUUCUCCUUGGGCCACGCCCCUGUCCCCUGCGGACGCAUCUGACGCAGACUCAUGUGAGCCGUUUGCGCCGCUCGAGCUGCUGCCCUGGGCGCCGCCGCAAACCCCCGUCCGCAGCUACCAGCGCGGCAGGUUUGCGGUGCAGGAGGGCGUGCUGCCGGCGCAGCAGCAGCAGCAGCUGCUCGCGUGGCGCGGCUCGGCGCCCGCUGCGGUGGGCCGCGCGGCGUCCCCGCUAGCCGCGUGCGCGGCGGCGGGCCUGGUGCGCAGCGCCAGCGUGCCUGACGCCACCUCUUGCGCAAUUCCCGUGCCAGCGCGCGUGCCUGUGCCGCGUGCCGACGUCGGCGGCGGCGGCUUUACAUGGUCGAGCAGCAGCAGCUGCCCCCCGCUGCCGCUGCUGGGUGGCGAGAGCGAGCGUGUGCCGCUGAUUUCGGCGGCCGAUGCUGCGCCCCUGCCGCCGCUUUCGGCCAAUGACCUCGCGCGCUGCGAGGGCAGCGACGGGAGCGGCGGCAGCAUCAGCAGCGACAGCACGUGCGGCGGCGACGGCAGUCCGCCGCCGCCGCGCGGCCGCGCGCGGGCGUGCGGCUCGGGUGCUGCAUGUGCGCUGCCGGGCGUAGCGUGCCGCACGUCCAAGGCGGCCUUGGCCGCGGCUGCAGCGCCGCCGCAGGCGGUCGCUUUUUUCCGGCGGGGGCGUUUUUUUGUCAACGUGUCGUCCUCGCCGUCGGCGCCGCCGGCGCUCCUGGGGCG